AUGGACGAGGUGGCAUUUGUAGAAUCGCUAUUCGCGCCCGAGAUGCGAUCGGCCGUUGCUAGCUCGAGUCUCUUCCCGUCCUCGAUGCCGCUUCCUUCCUGCGGCAGAGUCAAGGCGCUCACGGCAGAGCGCGCCCUAGUGCCAACGCCUCCAAGCAGCGGCAAUUUCGUGCCCCCUCCACCGAACUCGCUGCUGGGCGGCGGCAUCGCGCUUACUCAAAUCCAGGCGCCGUUCCAGCCUCCGUCCGAGGACACUCCGCUGUUCGCGCGGCUCCAUGAGGACGACAUGUUUGGGCAAAUGCUCAACGACCAGGAUUUCCCAGACUUGAACAGCUUCAAGAAGGAAGCGGAGGCUGGUGGCAACAAACCGCCUUCCAGCACCAACUCGCUGCUCCUGGAACCGCUGGAUUUGCCACGAAACGGUGGAGAUCAAGGCCUCAAAGACGUUUUCUACAACUGCCAGCAGUAUCGCUCGCCGCCUUCCAGUGGUGCUAGGAGAAGCGGGAUCUGUGCCACUAACGUCAGUACCAGUAAUACUGGCUACACACUGGACUCCAACAUGCCCGUGUUUCCAUUGGGAAACCAACCGUAUUUCGGUUCCUAUGCGGGUUUUCCACCGCUAUCUCCAGCCACACAUGCGUGGAUGCAAGACACCUCCACGACCAACAUUCAGAGAGGUCAAUCGAUGAAGAACAUGGUGGUGAUGGCCAGUAUGGGCAUGUCUUCCCCCAUGGUGCAACACCAACCAAGUCCGGGAUCGGUGGACAUGUUCUACCCAGUUGCAACCAACUCGCAACAGCCUCCAUCUCCCGGACUGUGGAUCUCUACAUUGAGGAACAAUCAGUCUGAAACUUCACAACCUGAGGAACGCAAAGCUCUCGAUGCCUUUAAAACAUCAGUGGAGCGACCUCCGUUCUCGCUAACCAUCUCGCCUACACGCCGAGGCAUGGCGAACACGGGACUGAAGGCCGGGAUGGCGAUUGCAUUGGCGUUGUUGCUGUGCUGCUCCGUGUUGAGGCUAGAAGAUGUUCGCAUCCCACAUCCCGGACUGUGGAUCUCUACAUUGAGGAACAAUCAGUCUGAAACUUCACAACCUGAGGAACGCAAAGCUCUCGAUGCCUUUAAAACAUCAGUGGAGCGACCUCCGUUCUCGCUAACCAUCUCGCCUCCUGCUUCGUUAACCAACAAGGCAUUGAAAGAGCUCAUCGUAUCGGCGGAUUUCGCUACGCCACCGAUGAUGUCUCGACCAAAGCGAGUUCGAACUGACUCUGGCAGUCAACCUAGAGCUAAAGCUGCACGAACCACGUCAGCUUCACCUGUGGGUCAGGAAAAUUCAAGUACCAAGGCUAAUGUCAAAAUUACCAAAGGCAAGAAAUGUAUUGAGGCUGGUUGCACUAGACGUGCCCAGUCUAACAGUCGCUGCAAAGCCCACGGAGGUGGAGCACGGUGUCAAUACUCGGGGCCUGGCGGUUGCAACCGUAGCUCUCAGGGUGGCGGCUUCUGCCGGGCUCAUGGAGGCGGUAAGCGCUGUGAGUUCCCGGGCUGCACACGCGGACAACAACGCAAAGGCCGUUGCUACGUCCAUGGCGGUAUUCGCAAAUGCCAGUUUGGCAACUGUGAAAAGAAAGAUCGUGGCAACGGCUUUUGCAUUUCGCACGGAGGUGGCAAAAGGUGCGAGCACCCUGGUUGCUCACGAGCAGUUCGACGAGGUCUUUUGUGCCAGAUCCAUGAAACUGCGGAGAAGGAACAAGGACAGAGUUUCGCGCUCUAA